ACAGCACGCAGGCAGCACCCAGCACCACACCACAGACCAAAACGACCACCGCACCCGCAGCAGCGAAGUGUCCAAGCGGCGGCAUGGCGGAGAGCAAGGCGCGUGUCGCGCUGUUCCUGGCGGCGCUCGCGGCGGCGAGCCUGCUGGCGCUGGCCCCGGCCGGCGCCGCGACGACGUGCGCGCCGACGCAGCUGACCCCGUGCGCGCCCGCCAUCGUCGGGAACGCGGCGCCCACCGCGGCGUGCUGCGCCAGGCUCAAGGCGCACCCGGCGACCUGCUUCUGCCAGUACAAGAGGAACCCCAGCAUGCAGCGCUACGUCAACUCCCCCAACGGCAAGAAGGUCUUCGCCGCCUGUAAGGUGUCCCUGCCCAGGUGCUGAUGCUGAGUGAGUCGUCUGCCGCCCCAUCAGGUCGAUGUCGAUCCAUCCUGCUCGAUCGAUCGAUCAUGCUACUACUUGAGCACCUUUGGGCAGAGUUUAGUAUUGCUCGAGAAUAAUAAACGGAGACGUACCACUCCCAGUACUUGGUACAGUGUGAGUUCGAUCUGCUCUCUGCAGAAAGACUUGGUAUAUAUGCCGUCAUGUAUGUAUACGUGUCACGUGUACUACUAUGAACUAUGAUGUUACAAAGACG